AUCCCAUGGCGUAGAACUCCUGAUGAGCAAGAUUCAGACCAUGCUCUGCAACAGUGAAGUGACCACAGAUGCUCCUUGUACGGCAAGUGCUGACUCUGUCUGCUGGCUUGUGGACUCGUUGGAUCGCUGGAACGCUAUCUUGUACCGGUGCGGGUUUGGACUUCGCGAAGAGAAGCCUGGAAGCUUGACCUGCAUAACCCUUGAUGUGCACAAGGAGGGAGAACAUUUAGUCCAUGAUGAAGGCAUUCUGGAGGCAAUGUGUUUUUUCUACCAGCUUUUCAGACUUCAUCACUGCGUCUGUAGGCUGACGAUCGGAAAUGUGGACUCCUUUAGGAGCUUGUGGUAUUGGCUUCCAGUGUUGCAACUGUCGCUAAUAGUCUCAAGGGAGCUGCAUUCACUCGAGGUAGUCUCGCUUCCGGACGAACGGGGGAGGUGCCGUGUCCUUGAGGCAGCUGCUGAGAUUGCCACUCUUCAGGAAUUGAAGUGUACCACGAAGUUUACGAGCAAAUCGAGCCUCUGCAGGAUGUUACAGCCUUCUGGUCCUCGUCUAACCGAACUCGUUUUGAUCUUCGGAGAAGCUGAACUGUCAGCGGGAGGCUUUUUUGGUUUUCUGGGGUCGUGCUCUUCACUAAAGAUUCUUCGACUCGAUGGCAAUGAAAUACGCGAUAUUGGGCCUUUGUUCAGUCUCAUGGCCAGCAACAGAACUAUUGCUCAAUUAUCGCUCAAACUUCUUAAUGGCGAUAUGAACUACAUUGAGGAGGGGAUCGCAUCUGUCCUUCGCAGGAACGUUGUUCUCAAACAACUUGAACUGUCGUUGUACGACUCAAGUGCAAGUCUUAUUGCGGAGUCUCUCGAAGUGAACACUGCGUUAGAUUCAAUUUCUUUGGAGGGGUUUUGCAUCACAGACAUGUCGCCUUUUGCACGGAUGCUCAGAAUCAACAGAACACUCCGCAAGCUGAAUUUAGCCCAUGUCCGUUCUGACGAGGACAUUCCUGCGUUGGUCGAAGCUAUUAGGUCGAAUGAAACACUGGUGGAGUUAUGUCUUUGGGGUAGUAGUACCUUAAACCGAAGUCUUGUAGAAGCUCUUAGGUACAACUCGACACUUGAGUUUCUUCAUCUUAGGCAGAUUAGUGCCUCGAGUGACCAAGGGCGCCUGAUGCAAGCUGCGCUCGAACCAUGGGCCCUUGAACGGUUGACUGCAGUCUGGGACGGUGGAUGCUGCUUUGAUCUGGCCCAUGCGUUGCAAUCAGGAGCAGCUAUGUCUUCACUCAACCUUCUCUAUGAGAACAACCACAACUCUCCGACGUUCCAUGGACUUGCUGAAGUUUUUGAGGCACUUGCUUUAAACCAGACCGUAAAGUUCUUGUCGUUAAGGAUGGGUGCGUCCAACCUUCUUCCUAGAAGUGUCACUCAUAAGCUGUGUCUCGCUCUUGCUAGUAAUAAUGCACUCGAGAGUCUGUCGCUCUGGAUUAAAGACCGCAAAGAUGUGGCUACCCUGCAGCUCAUUUGCGAGGGCUUAUCUCAAAAUUCGCAUGUGCGCACUGUGCGAAUUACCGUAAGCGGGUCUGACCCCGCGGCUCUACAACACAUGGCAACGCUUUUAGGGAAGAAUAAGUCCAUAACAUCCCUAGUCUUUCAAGUUCAAGUUGAAUUAGUCCAAGAUUUCAACCUUUCGAAGUCGCUAUCAAAGGAUUGGAGUGCUGAAUGUAGGGUCCUCGCAGAGGCAAUUUCAAGAAGCGACUACUUACUCGAAGCUGACGUCAAAGUGAAAGAUUACGAUUGCUCCGUCAACUACACUCCUGAUCUGACGCUUACGGUUUUGCGCAAUCUCUCGAGUGUCAGCAGGGCUGUUCGGUUUGCGUUGACACCGUCUACAGACAAGCAGGCGGCAGCGACGUUUCAGAAGUACCACCGCAGUCCUGUACUCUUCCACAAGCUGAAAGAGGCGAAGAUAAUGUCGGACAAGGAAGCAGCCAGUUUGGUUCGGUCAGCGGCGAACUUCAUCGCUCGCCACUUCUUCAUUGUGACCGCAGUCGUCAAGCGGACACUGCAGUGCGAACGGGCCAAGACAGCUGCGUUACAAUUGACGGACCUCAACGAGGCGUGCCUCCUCAAAGUAGUAUCAUACCUUAGAGUUUGCGAUGUUCAAAGUUGAAGGAAUCGCUCAGCUCAUGACUGUGGAGAGGGAUGGAUAGUAGCAAUAGUAAUAAAUGCCUUUUAGGCAUUAAAAGCCAAAUCAAUAGUUCUCACUAUUGUUUGUUGUUUCCCGUGGGCUAUACAGCGAUUCUCAUUCUUGCGCAGUAGCGGACGGCCAUUCAUUUUGACGACUGAUAUAGAACGCAGAAAACGCAGUAGAAGUCCAAGGUUGUGAAGCUACUUCCUCACUAGCUGGUGCAUUGUACUGAUAACUUCACAUUGGGCCUACGAACUUGCUCGUGCUGAGGGACAACGGGGAAUGUUAACAUGAGUACCGCGAGAGCGAGAAGUGUCGUGCAUCGCAUACCCUUCCAUUCUGUGCUGGCUGCUCGGAGGAAGCUUCAUUCCACCGUUAUUUCUUGAAGACACUUUAUGUAUUAAUUUUUGUACUAAACAACAAAGUAGUCAUGCCUCAUCAGGCUACAUGAACAAAAAUCAAGUUUUCCACCUGUUAAGAAGUGGAUGAGGAGGAAAGCCCGGCCAUGAGAAGAGGAAACAUUGCUGUACACUACACUGUAUCCAGCGUCGCGAGUGAGCUUGGUACGCUGGGCCAUGCUGGGCCACCAGACUCUUGAACUUUGCAUAUCAAGCCAUUUAGUGGUUGAGCGAAAAAUGUGACUUGUCGGUCAACCGUUCAUAGUCGCGGCAUCCUGUCGACAAUGUAACCAAAAUGCUACUAGCUGCUUUCUCGGCUUGUAGCCGUGAUAUUGAGAUGUUUGUGUUUUCGUCUGGAAUUCUUGUGACGAUCGGUAUUCUGCGCGUCGAAACUAGAAAACGUUUUCUAUUUUUCUCUGGAUGGAGCAGUCCUUUAUGCCAUGCCCUCCUUGUUCUUUCCAGGGCA